AUGGAAGUUACUUGGAUCAAGAUACCCUACAUGGUUCUUGGCUCCAUUUUGACUGGCGUAAGAACUAUUCUUGUCCUAAUGUACAACUUGUGGUUUUUACAAUCAUUCAAGAUCUGGACAUGGUAUAGACGCAUGCAACGGGGCAUGAAGGUGAAACACAUCAAACAGAACAGCUAUAGCUUCUGUUAUUUCACUCAAGGGAAGCCUGGAGCCCAACCAUCCAUACUGAUGCUUCAUGGGUUCCUAUUCAACAAAGACAUGUGGUUAGAUACUCUUGAGAAUAUUCCUGAGGACAUCCAUGUGGUCUGUGUUGACCUUCCUGGUCAUGGGGCAACUACUCGCUUGCUGGGAGAUAGCUAUGCAGCAGCUGACCAGGCUGAGAGAAUUCAUGAGUUUGUCGAGUGCAUUGGUCUGGAUAAAAAUCCCUUCCACUUGGUUGGGUUCUCCAUGGGCGGAUUGGUUGCCGGGGUUUAUGCUGCUCUUUAUCCAUCGCAUGUCUGCUGUUUGUCCCUCCUUAGCCCAGGUGGUCUCCGGUAUCAAGGAGGUUACGAGUUUGUCAGGCACUUCUGGGAGUUGAAUAAGUCUAUGAGUGUGGAAAGCAAUCACCUCCUUUCUUCACUCAAGAGGCCGUCAGAAGAGCUACUGAAGCUUGGCCUAUACCACCCAAGCCUAUUCCAGUUGCAGCUCCUAAAGGGAUAUCUUCUUGAGGGUAGUCUACAAAAGUCAUUCUUCAUGAAAAUCUUUUUUGACCUGUCCAUUAGGGAGUCCAGAUACAGCCUUCAGGACAAUGCAAGCAAGAUCAAGGCUCCAACUGAGAUCAUCUGGGGAAAGUGUGACAAGAUAUUUGAUCCCUCUGGAGCAGACAUUUUAGCCAAAGCUAUUCCUCACUGCCAGGUGAACAUGUUGGACAGAUGUGGACACUUCAUAACCAUGGACAGGCCACAGAAAUCUGCAGAACUCAUCCUGGAAUUCCACAAUUCGGUUUGUGGCGCCAAGAAGACUAACUAG